GUGGCCAAACUUAGUGAGCGGAAGAGCAACGCGUGUUAAUUCAAGAUGCCAGGGGAUCCUCAGUAAACAUCGAAAUAGGUGCAGGAUGGAGCAAGAGGGUGGCGACGGCCAACUCUUUUUCCGCGGUCUGCAGAACCGCUCCCACGAGAAAAUGAAGCUGCGAAAGAGAAAGUCAACUUUGUAUCUCAGUCCCCGGAAUAGUACCGAGCGCCGCGGAGAUCUUCUUGGUGAAAACACUUAUCUGGUCUUGUUUACUGUAGCACUACGAAUAUGUAACUGUUUUUUAGUCCAGACCAGUUUUGUUCCAGAUGAAUACUGGCAGUCUCUUGAAGUUGCACAUCACAUGGUUUUCAAUUAUGGUUAUUUGACCUGGGAAUGGACAGAAAGAUUGAGGGGUUACACUUAUCCGUUAAUCUUUGCAAGCAUUUACAAGAUUCUUCAUCUUUUGGGAAAAGAUAGUGUUCAGCUGCUGAUUUGGAUUCCUAGACUUGCCCAAGCACUUCUGUCUGCUAUAGCAGACAUCAAGCUUUAUUCAUUAAUGAAGCAACUAGAAAAUCAGCAAAUGGCAAGAUGGGUGUUUUUUUGCCAGUUAUGCUCUUGGUUCACAUGGUAUUGCUGUACCAGAACUCUUACAAACACCAUGGAAACUGUUCUCACUAUAAUUGCUCUUUUCUACUAUCCUUUGGAAGGUUCAAAGUCUAUGAACAGUGUCAAGUACUCAUCCCUAGUGGCACUUGCCUUCAUAAUUCGUCCCACAGCUAUCAUUCCAUGGAUACCUUUGGUCUUCAGGCAUUUCUGGCAAGAACAGAGAAAGGUUCAUCUUAUUCUGUAUCAGUUUUUACCUAUAGGAUUUGUCACUUUAAGUUUAUCUCUGAUAAUUGAUCGUAUUUUUUUUGGUCAAUGGACCCUGGUUCAAUAUAAUUUUUUGAAAUUUAACGUGCUGCAGAAUUUGGGAACGUUUUAUGGUUCUCAUCCGUGGCAUUGGUACUUCAGUCAAGGAUUUCCAGUUGUCCUGGGUACUCACUUACCGUUCUUUAUUCAUGGCUGCUUUCUAGCCCCAAAGAGGCACCGAAUACUUUUGGUAACAAUACUGUGGACACUGCUAGUUUAUAGCAUGUUGAGCCACAAAGAAUUCAGGUUUAUCUAUCCAGUUUUACCAUUUUGUAUGGUGUUCUGUGGGUACUCACUAAACCACCUCAAAACGUGGAAGACACCAGUACUGAGUUUCCUGUUUUUAUCAAAUAUGCUCCUUGCCCUCUAUACUGGUUUAGUUCAUCAACGAGGUACUCUUGAUGUCAUGACUCAUGUUCAAGAACUCUGUUACAAUAAUCCCAAUACAUCGUCAGACUCAGUAUUUGUAAUGAUGCCUUGCCACUCUACUCCUUAUUAUAGUCAUGUCCAUUACCCACUUCCAAUGAGAUUUCUCCAAUGUCCCCCAGACCUGACUGGAAAAAGUCAGUAUCUUGAUGAAGCAGAUACAUUUUAUCUAAAUCCCUUAAACUGGCUUUAUAAAGAGUUUCACAAUGAUUCAACAUUGCCUACUCACUUGAUCAUCUUCAGCAUCUUAGAGGAGGAAAUAAGUGCUUUCCUAAUUUCAAGCAGCUACGAGAGAACUGCUGUGUUCUUCCACACUCACUUGCCAGAAGGUCGAACUGGAAGUCACAUAUAUGUCUAUGAACGGAAAUUAAAAAGGAAACUCAACAGAAGCUGAAAUUCUGAAAUGUGUUUAAAUCUCUUCUAGAGAAAAGACAUUGCUGGGUAGAAACAUUCAGCUGCUGCAUAAAUACACUUGUAAAUACUGGGUAAGAUUCAUGAACUAGCAACCACUGAACUGAUUAACCAAAAACCACUACUGAGGAAAUGUAUGGAAAAUAUCACAAAGUAUAAAUUCAUGUAUUAAUACAGAUGUCAGAUUUUCAAUAAAGACCUUUAGUUUUCCUCA